AUGGCCUCGCUAUUCUCCCAAGUCACACGGCGGGCGAUCUUGUCCCCCUCACUAUUCUGCUCAGUCGGCCCCUCAUCGCCCGUCAGUUCGAGCAGUCGUGGCUUCUCAUCGACGAGCGCGACGCCCAAGCCCACCGGGGAGAAGGGUCCCAAGGGUCAUACACAACAAAUGUCCGACCUGCUCAACGAGGUCGAUUUUGACGGGUCGAUCCAAGGUGUGUACAGUGUGAUGGUUGGGUCCUGAGAGGCGUUCUGGACGGUGUGCAGCGACUGAUCGUUCACCUCCUCAAUCCUUCUUUUCCAACAAACCACUGCGGUACACGCUCCCCCCGACCGACCUCGUGACCAGACCCUUCGAACCUGCUGAACCACCUGUCGAGCAAAGAACUCCGCGUGAUCUCCCCCUCGCGUCUGAGCCCACGCUACCUCCUGAUCCCUUACCUCCCGCAACCGGACCGUUCGCUCGCGUACCCUCUCGGACCUCCCAAAUCCGAAGCGCUUCGUCUGGACCCUUUCGUGCGCCUCAACAUCGACCCUUUGGCCAGUCCGAUGAACCCUUAUCUGAGGAGCGAGUAUUGCACGAGUAUGGGCAAGAUCAAAGGGAGGGGCAAGACCGGUUUGCAGAGGAAGUCUCAGAGGAGGAUGGGCAAGGCGGUGAGGAGGGCGAGGGUCAGUUGGGAUUCGUUCGGGACCGUGGGACCGUUUCAUGUGAUGGUGGUGUAUGUGCUGAUCUCUGGGUUCGUUUCUCGGUGCUCGUCGACAGUCUAUGGGUAUCAUCCCGACGUUCGGCAUCAGUUUGCCCGCCGAUGGAAGCUAUCGGGUGCAGUGA